AUGUCAGCGGCGACGCGGCAGACGAGAGGACAGCAACCUUCCCGGCGUCUCCCCGGGAGACCGCGCGGACAGGACACACGUCCGGGUACGGAGCCUCAGCUACAGGGUCAGCAGCAGCAGCAGCAGCAGCGUCAUGGCUCCACGCUAGAGUUCACGUGUCCUGACGACUGGACGCGACACGACAACGUCUGCUAUAGAGUCUUCACCGGCCAUCAGACGUGGCGAGCAGCGAUGCAGACGUGUAAAAGCUACGGCAGUGAGUUAGUAUCUAUAGAGAGUAGCAGCGCCAAUCAAGCCGUGGGUAAAAUAGCCGGAGAUCUCCAAUUGCAGACAUAUUGGAUAGGUCUGAAUGCUCUCACGCAGUCCGGUCUUCAGUGGAGCGAUGGUCGAUUCGUGACGCCAUUCCAAGGUUACUGGGCCGACUCACAACCCGACACGCGAGAGGGCGCCUGUGCCGGCGUGAGUCUCCGGCAGGGUGCGCCACUGUGGACGUUCACGCAGUGUGCGCUGCUACAGCCGUUCGUCUGCCAGCUCCCGGCAUGCGUCAGCGGAUCAGAGUCGAAAUGCAAGUAUUAUCAGAAGGGAAUGAGAGGCCGGUUGCGAUCCCCCAACUACCCGAACCCUUACCCACACGAUGCCGACUGCCGCUGGGUGCUGGAAGCGCCCGUGGGGAUGAAGAUAAAACUGGUGUUUGAUGACGUCAAGACGGAGGAGGGAUUGGACUACGUGCACAUACUGAGCGGGAGCCGUACCGACGAGCUGAGCUACACGCUCGCGCAGUUGUCGGGCACGCCGGAGAUGGCAGCCGAUGGUGAUGACAGCGGCAGCAGCAGCAGCAGCACUUACGUCAGCUACAACAACCUCAUGAUCGUCAAGUUUCACGCUGACUCGCAGGUCGAGCUAAGCGGCUUCCAGGCGCGAUGGACGGCAGUCGAGGUCGACUGUGGAGACAGGGACCUGGUGGCCUUGAGUGACAAGCGGGAUCUAACGUCACCAUUCUAUCCCGACCAAUAUUACAACGGCAUGGAAUGCGUCUACAUGAUCACAGCUCCAGGAAACGAGCUCAUCACUCUAGAGCUGAAAGAGUUGGCGCUGGAGUAUGUCAACGACUACCUGGAGGUUAGAGACGGUGGCUUGCCGACGUCGCCUCUGCUGCAUACCUACACGGGAAAGGAAGGUCCGACGUUUCUCAUCUCCAGCGGUGCCACGCUCUACCUCCACUUCUACUCCGACACGACGAUCCGUGACAAGGGCUACCACAUACAGUAUCACGCAGGUUGCAACAAUCUCAUCACCGCUACCUUUGGCAGCUUCGCUUCGCCCGGAAACUAUCUAAUUGCCUACCCGCAGUCCCGAACCUGCACGUGGAAGGUGGCGACACCUACCGACGAACCGCUCGCAAUGUACUUCGAUCAGUUCCAAGUGGCUGAAAACGAUUUUGUGCAGGUGUUUGCCGGUAAGGACGAGGACACGGGGCAGCUGAUACAGCUAGACGACGAGCAUGGCUUCACCGGCGACCAACCUCCUCCCCUGCUCCUCUUCAGCAACACCGGCUCCUUCUUCGUCAAGUUCUCCAGCGAUAGUAGAUCAGGAGGUGCACUGGGGUUCAACAUCGUCUUCUCCAUAGAUUGCCCGCCCCUGAAGCUGAACAGCAACCAUCGUGUGACUUCUAUGGAGCGGCGGUUGUUCACUCGUACCGGGAUAGGCUGUGCUCCAGGAUUCCGUCUCAGCUCCGGUCCCAGCGUCUUGAUGACCCAGUGUCAAGCCAACGGCCAGUGGAACGUCACGGACAUACCACUGUGCGAAGUGAGGUGUCCUCAGGGCACAUUCUCUGCCAAUGGAACGUGUGUGCCGUGUGCUGUUGGUUUCUACCAGGAUAGAGCGGACAGCAGGAGUUGUGUUGCUUGCCCGGAGGGCACUGCUACACGCAAGCAACUCAGCCAAUCCGUUAAUGACUGCAAAUUGCUCUGUGCAGCUGGGUAUUUCUCCAACACGGGAUUGCCACCGUGCGACCCUUGUCCGUUCAACACGUUCAGCAGGCAGGUUGGCUCCACACAGUGUAAGCCUUGCCCUGCUGGCUCCUUCACAGCGGAGGUCGGGUCCCUACGUUGUCACGAGCCGUGUCCCGCGGGGCAGUACUCUGAGACGGGACUGAAGCCGUGUCGGCCAUGCAGGAAGAACUUCUUCCAGAACAUCGUCGGCAGCAGGUUCUGUCUCGAGUGUCCGGACCUGACGUUCACCGAUGACGAGGGAGCGAUGAGCAUCGCCCAAUGCUACCUCAGGGGGAUACCCUACCUGCCCGCAUGGGGCACAGGUGGCGCCCCCGUGCCGGUGCCGCUGAUCAAGCAGGAUCGCGGGUUCGCGGAGGUCAUAGUUCACUACGACGCGCCCGACCUCAACUUCUGUCUCAUGAAGUGUCAGGAGAGAAACUUCCCUGUCUGUAUCGGUGUGGACUACAGUGCGCGGCGGGGAUGUGACAUGCUCAGUAUGAGGUUACGCUACACGCCAACAUACAACUAUCACUCAGAGUCCGGCACACCCCUUCUCAGAAACUUUGAUGGCGGUUACUACUGCGCGAGUCAGGAGAUACGGCUGCAAUGCCUCAACCCGAACCACGUGCUGUCGCUGCAGUCACUGCGCAUCGUACAGAUUGCCACCUACUCGUGGGUGAACCUGUGUCAGGUGGUGCCCUACAUAGGAGUGGAGUGUCACAUACAGGACAUAAAUCGGCACAGGAGAUUACGUCAUUGUGUCAUGGCCGGCCGUACGUGUACGUUCAACUACCCGUGUGCAGACACGAACGCAGUACAUCGAGAUCGGCAUGGACUUGUGUCGCCUAACCCGUGCACGACCACGUUCUGUCAGAACGGAGGUAAAUGCAGAUUCGCCAACCACAAGGCCCAGUGUGACUGUCAGCCAGGCUGGCAGGGAGAGUUCUGUGAGAGGAAGCUGCCACCUUGUCUGUCAAACCCAUGCUUCAACGAGGGAAUCUGUCGCAACGUCAACGAAGACGAGUUUCGCUGUCGUUGUCGCGAAGGCUACAGUGGCCAGCAGUGUGAGAAGCUUCCGGAUAACUGCAGGAACAACCGCUGCAGUAACGGCACGUGUGUCAGCAAGCCGGACGGAUACGUGUGUCUGUGCUACGCUGGCUUCUCCGGUCCCACGUGUCCUGAAGGUACGGCCGGCAAGGACUGCGAUGAUCAGUUCAGUGCGGAUCCGUGUGCGGGAGACCCGUGCCUCAACCAUGGCACGUGCGUGAGACAAGCCGAGCGAUUCAGAUGUCUCUGUGAACAAGGUUUUGACGGUGUGGUUUGUCAGUACGUCUCUAACACGUGUGAGUCAUCACCGUGCAAACAUGGCGCCAUCUGCACCGACACAGAACACGGCUUCAACUGCACGUGUGCCGCCGACUAUACGGGCGUGAUGUGUGAAACGGUGAUAGACGAUUGUGCAAAAAACAACUGUUCACAUAAUGCUGAGUGCCUGGACGGGAUUGAAGAGUUUCUCUGUGUUUGUCCAUUCAACUUCACCGGUCCCAACUGUGAUAAACCCGUCAAUGCGAACUACGCACUGUCAUUCUAUGAUCAGCCUAAAGACUGCGAGCGCGGCGCUGAGAUAUCCAUUCCUCAUCAACUCACCCAGCUCACCAUCCGCUCUGUGACUAUAGGGCGGGCGUGA